GCCCGGCGCUGCGCUCCGCCGGCUCCGCGCUGGGAGCCAGCAGGUCUCCGGGAAGCGCGGAGGGUGGGGUGGCAUGCCGGAAUGCCCGGACCGCGGGGCCAAGGCGGCCCCCAUCCAUCAUAAAAUCUCCUUCUCCAUCUUAGACAUCCUGGACCCCCAGAAAUUCAGCAGAAGACGCGAACCGGCCUCGGGGAGCUGGGGCAGCGCCCCCCGCUCGGGCGAGCGGGAGAAAAGUUUGGGAAGAGUUGAAGUAGGAAAGGACGCUGCUGCUCCCGGCAGCGGGAGGAAUAAACUAGAGGCACAUGAUGCGCACGCCCCGGCGGAGAGCGGCGCCGAGGACGCGGGGCAAGAGCGCGACGAGGAGGACCCGAGCGGGGACGGGACCGGGACAGCGAGCCCGCCCGGGCCGGAGGAGCCGGGCUCGCCGCGGAGCGGCCGGCGGCGGCGGGCAGAGCCGGGCUGCGGGAAGCCGCGGCGGGCGCGCACCGCCUUCACCUACGAGCAGCUGGUGGCCCUGGAGAACAAGUUCCGAGCCACGCGGUACCUGUCGGUCUGCGAGCGCCUCAGCCUGGCGCUGUCCCUCAGCCUCACCGAGACUCAGGUGAAGAUCUGGUUCCAGAACCGCCGCACCAAGUGGAAGAAGCAACACCCGGGCGCCGACGGGGCGGCCCCCGCAGCAUCCCCCGCGGCGGCGGCGGCGAGCGGCGGCAGCCCCAGCCCGCCGGGCCCCGCCGCUCUGCCCUUCCAGACUUUCCCUUCCUACGCCGCCGCUGCCAACGUGCUGGUGCCGCCGGCCGCCCCCUUCCCGCUGGGCGCCGGCCCCUUCGCACCCUUCCUGGGCCCCGCGUACCUCGGCCCCUUCUACGCCCCGCACCUCUGAGGCGGCAGCGCCGGGGCAGCCCCCGGGAGCCAGGAGCGCACCUCAGCC